CCUGCCUCAACCAACUGUAGACUAUAUGAAGUCAUGGGGGGACGGACCUAUGAUCGAACAUUGGAAUCUUUUUCCAUCUGAGCUGCAACUCUUUCAUCCAAAUCCUUCUGAAUUCGUCAUAUUGAAGAUUGACCUCGUCAACACUAUUUUACAAUUCUUACCGACUAUUCCAAAGACGGAUCAUUUAGUAGAAGAGAUAAAUGCUUGCCUUGAUAUGGCUGCAGCCUUAUUAGAUAAAGGGAAACCUCACGAGAUACAUGAACACCCAUCCAUGUUUUCAGACUUUAUGGAUGUACAACGCCCUAAAUAUUCAACUCUUAAAUUGAACAAAAAUCAACUUGGAUAUGCAGAAAUGACAGUAUUGGACAAGAGUGGAUCUCCAUCAGAUAUAGUUGAUAUGGAGCAAAUCUUAAUGAUACCGUUGUCAAACCAUGAAUUCGUUCCCGAAUGCGUCGUGAUUGGGAGAACAACCCAAGAUGCUUUGAAAGCAGCAUAUAAUCUAUCCCAUUUAACAUUUAACAGCGUAUUUCUUUCAGCACCGAGAAUAGGAUGCUCAGCAAGAAGAGUCUACAAAUGGGGCUACUGUUACACCCCAUCAGAUGGAAAGACACUCCAUAUUGGCUCAGGUGACGAGGAUCAUGCACAGUUCUUGAAGAAUUUUUGCAGAAUCUUCAUGGGCGCUAUAUCCUCACUCAAGUCUUCAUAUUGUCUGGUAAAACUGGCGAACUUUGAAUACGUUAUCAGAGAACACCUCCUCUCCCAGUCGGAUGUCCUGCCUCAACCAACUGUAGCCUAUAUGAAGUCUUGGGGGGACGGUCCGAUGAUCCAACACUGGAAUUUGUAUGCACUUGAGAUGCAGCUACAUCAUCCAGACCCCACUCGAUAUGUGCCGUUAAAGAUCGACCUCAUCAAUCAAGUGCUGAAAUUAUUCUCCAAACUUCCCAAUACCGACCAACUACAGAAUGAAAUAAACGUUUACAUUGAUAAAAGUGCAGCUUUGGUUGACAAAUCCAAACUCAAACCGCAACCUGCUGAAAAUCGCUACUGGAAAUCACCUGAAGACCUCAAAUUGAGAAGGAAAAAAUUCAGAGCCAUUGAAUUAGUGAAAAGUGGCAAAUCAGCUGGUCGUUCGGCAAAGAUUGUCAAACUACACAAGAAGACUGUCUUGUCGCAUAUGAAAAAAAUCGGUCUAGACUCCUCAUAUAAACCUAAUAAUCCUGGCUCAGAUAAGUAUACACCAGCAGAACUGGACGCAGAAGCCGUCGAGCUAAUCCGAGGAGGUGAUUCUAUACUGGAAACUUCCAAAAAAUGUAAUAUACCUAUGAGUGCACUUUGGAGUGCUUGUGAGAAGGCAGGAGUCAGUUCGAAAUUUAGAUCAGGGAGUCAACCCUCCACAGAAUAUACAGAUGAAGAUAUAACUAGAGCAGUUAAUGAAGUCCGACUCCAAAUAGAUUCUAUAAAAGGAACUGCCAAAACACGUGGUAUUACUUAUUCGGUACUUCAGAAGGCUUGUAAGAACGCUCAAGUUCGUUCAGCAUUUGGGGCUGGGUCGAAAAAGAAAAUACAACAUGACUGAAACUGUGACCGAAGAUUAAUCUUAGCUUUGUAACCAUCUAUAUUAUCGUUUAAAUAACCGUCCCAAAUAAAAUAGAAACUAAUACACAACAAUCAAUUAGGCUUAGAUCUACGUUGGAAUGACCGAUAUAUGUCAUCCGCUUGUCCAACCAGCACUGAAAUGACACAAUUAUUCAAUAGAGUUAUUAAUAAACUUAUUGGUAGGAUUUGAAUGUUCCAGUUUUUGAAUUAUGCACUCCUGUGCAGUUUUUUUGAAAAUGUGC